AAUGAGCGGGCGAUUAAACGCCAUCUGUACUGGUCAAAGUAUUGAGCGAAUACCGACGGAUUUUGACCUGGAUAUAAAAGUUCUCAAGAUAUCUGAAGAUCGUCUUAUUAAACUCAGUUCAACAUCACUCGAUCGUUACGUUCAAUUGCAAGAGAUAUAUAUAACUGCAUGCCAUCUAAAAUAUAUAGCAGCCGCAGCUUUUCAUCCAGUUGAGAAUCUUCAUAUCUUAGACUUGAGUAAGAAUCGUCUUGAAAGGAUACCAUCAGAAGCUAUAAAGAUGCUUUAUAAGCUUCGAGAACUGAUUUUACGAGUCAAUCCUAUUAGGACUUUGGAAAGAUCAGAUUUGUCUGGUCUCCUUCGGUUAACGAAGAUCGAUCUAUGUCAUUGUCGUCUUCGGAAUAUCCAUCCAAAAGCUUUUGAGGAUUUAAACAAACUAUUAGAGAUUAAUAUUGCGGGGAAUGAACUGCAGACAAUCUCCUCCGAUACAUUUUUUCCACCGAGUUUAAGCGUCCUAAGAAUAUUUAAAAAUCCAUGGAAUUGUGAUUGUCAUUUACGUUGGUUAUUGAAAUAUUGUCAAUCAAAGAGAGGGACGAUAAGUUGGAAAUUCGGUAGGAGAAUCCCAGCUUGUAGUGAACCCGAAUUGCUAGAAGGUGUUGGUUGGACGUCUUUAAAUACAUCAAGUUUUGCUUGCGCUCCUACAAUCCUAUCACACUCUGAAACGAGAUUAACAACGAGAAAAGGAUCUAAUUCGUCACUAUAUUGUUUAUCUAGUGGUGAUCCUCAACCAGAAGUAGCAUGGUUUUACAAAGGAUCCAGAAUUUUGUUGCCAGAAGAGAGUAGGAAAAAAAUUGUACUCAGCAGGACUAAUGACGACCACAUAUUUGACUAUAAUAGCACUCUUGUAUUCUAUAAAAUUUCCAAUGAAGACACCGGUUCCUACAAGUGCCAGGCUAGGAACUCGGCCGGUCAAUCUGAAGUGACCUUUAUAGUAACCUUCACUGAUUCGUCUAAGUUUUCAUCUAACCAGGCGAAUAUAAGUAGAUUAAGACUGAUAAGCGUCAGUUUAACUUGUUUACUAAUUGUAAUAAUUGCUUUUCUAGUUGGAUUAGUAGUUGUUCGAUAUGUUAAACGCAGAAAACGGCGAUGCGUCUACCGCAUCGACCAUGAUCCACUUAAAGGGGAUCAAGAAUCAAUGACAGCGCCACUAAAAAAUAUCAAUGAGGAGGUUCACUCGACUCCUGAUCUAUUGAGGGGAAGCUGUUCAAACGAUGAUACAUUAGAUGGCGCUACAGGCAUUCUGAAUAAAAUUGAACUUUACGGAACGGCUGUCUGA